AAAAAGGACUGAGGAAGAGGAAGCAGAAAACUUAUGUUCUUGGAGUCACAGUAUGAGUGGAUUAUAUGUGAAGAUUUUGUUUGUAUUUACAAUUUUUGUUGUUCAAAAUUGCCAGGGGUUUACUGAUCCUCGCGAUGUAUUUGCCAUAAAUAGUUUAUAUACUAGUCUGGGCUACCCCUUGCUUCCUGGGUGGGUACCAUAUGGAUUAGACCCUUGUGGUGAUCAAUGGCAUGGUGUACUUUGUGUCAACUCCAAUGUAACUGGAAUAGUACUCAAUGAUUCAAAUUUGGGUGGUGAAUUAAGUGAGGGCAUCGGAAGUUUUGCUUCAAUCAUACAAAUAGAUCUCAGUAACAACCAUAUUGGAGGCAGUAUACCAUCCAAUUUGCCCGUUACCCUCAAAACCUUGUCUCUGUCCGAUAACCAUCUUACUGGGAGCAUUCCAGACGGCAUAUCCUCGUUAGGGCAAUUAUCAGACUUGUCGUUGAACAACAAUCAUCUUAAUGGAGUCAUUCCAGAUGCCUUUCUGCAGCUUAAGACUUUGACUACUAUGGACUUAUCUGGGAACAAUUUAAGUGGUCAGCUGCCUCCUUCAAUGGGGAGUUUGUCGUCACUUACUACCUUACACUUGCAGAACAAUCAGCUCACUGGGAUCCUUGAUGUUUUGCAAGAUCUUGCUAUAACGGAUUUAAACAUAGAGAAUAAUUUUUUCUCAGGGCCUAUACCGCCAAAAUUGUUGAGCAUCCCGACCUUCAGGCGUGCAGGGAACCCUUUUAACACUACUAUCAUCCCUUCACCACCCAUGAUAUCGCCUUCUCCAGCACCAUUUGCUGUGCUUUCUCCAGAUUUAGCCCCUUCACUGCCAUAUACUGUACCAUCAGGACAAGGAUUACAGCCCUCUAUAAUGGAAAAGAGUAGUAAUUCAACCAAACACGUCAAAUUGAUUGCUAUAGCCGGAUUAGUAUCCCUUGUCAUACUUGGAUUGGGUGUUUUCCUUUUGAUGUCACGAUUCGUCAAAAGAAGAAGAGAGGCCCAAAAAGAAGCCAAGAGACAUGAAACAUAUGAUUAUAGUUUGCCCAAAGGUAACCCAAAACGUGAUCAAUCCAUGCAAAAACCUUAUUAUGAUACAGAAAAAGAAGCAGGUUUGAGGCCAGUGACCGGAAAUGGGAAAUCUCAGGGUAGGAACAUCUCAAUGAAUACUUCAGAGGCUGUGCAACAGAAAGAUAUGAAGAGCACAACAGAUGAUGAUCAGUCGGAGAUGGAAUCAGUUGUAUCGGAUAUUCUUCCACCACCGCCACCACCUUUUCUUCAAUCUCUUUCUGCUGAGAGGAUGGUUGUAAAUCCAGUUUUGCCCCCAAUUACCUCUGUCAAACAUGCUAUGAAGAAUAUAAACUCUGCAGAGUUCUUCACCAUUGCCUCUCUUCAGCAGUAUACAAAUAGCUUUUCACAAGAUAAUCUUAUUGGAGGAGGCAUGCUUGGAACAGUCUACAGAGCUGAGUAUCCCAAAAAAGUAUUGGCAGUGAAGAAAUUAGAGACUGCUAUGACCAGGAAACAAAGUGACCAAGAUUUUGUUGAAAUGGUGUCCAAUAUCUCUAAACUUCAGCAUGAAAACAUUGUCAAACUUGUGGGUUACUGUUCAGGGCAUGGGCAACGGCUACUUGUCUAUGAGUAUUGUAGAAAUGGUAGUCUCCACGAAGCAUUGCACUUAGAUGAUGAGAUUCACAGAAAACUUUCCUGGAGUACUCGUAUACGCAUUGCGCUUCAAGCAGCAAGAGCUCUAGAGUACUUGCACGAAGCUUCACACCCACCUAUUGUGCACCUGAACUUCAAGUCUGCUAAUGUUCUCCUUGAUAAUGAUCUUGCCGUGCGUAUGUCAGAUUGUGGUUUAGCACCACUGCUGUCAUCUGAUUCCAUAAGACAGUUGCAAGGAUGCGGCUAUGGUGCUCCUGAACUUGAAUUGGGAAGCUAUACUUGUCAGAGUGAUGUUUAUAGCUUUGGAGUUGUUAUGCUAGAACUUCUCACGGGAAGACAGUCUUACGACAGGUCGCGCCCUAGAGGGGAGCAGUUGCUCGUCCGAUGGGCUAUUCCACGACUGCAUGAUAUAGAUGCAUUAUCAAGAAUGGUUGAUCCUUCCCUAAAUGGUGGUUAUCCAUCCAAGUCUUUGUCUCGGUUUGCUGACAUAAUUUCCUUGUGUAUUCAGCCGGAACCUGAAUUCAGGCCACCGAUGUCUGAAAUCGUGCAGAAUCUCCUGCAUAUGAUCUAAAGAUAUCAUCAAGGCUGGUGUCUUUUUAGCAUAAAGGGAUUCAAGUAAUUCCAAAGGAGAAAUCUUUACACAACAUUUUCAUGAAGCCCAAAUGUUGUGUGCUAACAUGAGUAAUGUAAUGUACGUAGCAUUAUUAUGUUGUGGUUAAGUUGCUUAAUUCAUAGAUAGUAGAUACUAUGCAAAUAUGUAAUAUAGUUCCUGCCAAUUUUUUCCUAGAAUAUUAUGCAAAUUUUGUUAUCCUUAAAAGCACUUAUAUAUAAUUUAAAUGCAGUUUAUGAUCUCUUUGCUAAAA